CGCGGGACGCGGCGCGCGGGAGGGGCCGCGGUUGCCGGGGUGACACCGGCGGCGGCUCAGGGGAGAUUGGGACAGCUUUAUCAGCGAUGAGAAGUAGCAGCAGCUCCUAGCAAUGUGUGAUGUUUUAUCAUAUGAAGCUGAGUUACUUGGACUAGUGAAAGAGUAUUUGGAUUUUGCUGGAUUUCAAGAAACAGUAAAAGUACUUAAAAAGGAAUGUAAAAUGAAAGGGAAGCCACUAUCCAAACCAGCAGAUGUUUCCUCAGAAGAUUCAUUGCCUGUUCAGGAAGAGAUGCUUUCAGCAUUUGAGGAUGGUGAUCAGAAAGUUUUCUUCCAGCUGUGGGAGGAGCAUAUUUUGUCUUCAGUCCAUGACAGUGAUCCCGUUGCUCAGAACCUGGAGUUCUAUCUCCACAUCUACUUUGCCACCUUCCUCUUGAAACAAACAAUGGGAAAACCGGACAAAUCUGAACUUGAGGAAAGGAUUUCUUAUUUUAAGGCAUACCUGGAAACAAAAGGAGCUGCACUGAGCCAGACUGCAGAGUUUCUUCCCUUCUAUGCUUUGCCUUUUGUUCCGAACCCCAUGGUGCAUCCUUCAUUUAAAGAACUUUUCCAGGAUUCUUGGACACUGGAUUUAAGGACAAGAUUGGAAAAGUUCCUGUCUCUGACUCUUAAAGCCGGACAGACUCCUCGGCUUCUCACUAUAUUUAAGGAGAGUGGACAGUGCAACAAAGAAAUGAUGCAACAUCUUCAUCAACAGUUAGUGAAGUGUGAGCACAGGUAUAUGACCAACCUGAAACAAUUUUACGAAUUGCAGAUGAGCCACCAUAAUCUCCUUGGAGUCACUGCAGAGCUGGUGGAUUCUUUGGAGGCCACAAUCACUGGCAAGAUGAUUACACCAGAGUAUCUUCAGGGUGUUUAUGCUUGCUUAUUUAGCAAUCAUUUGCGACAAGCUGUAGCACACAACAUUGACUUCACAAGGCCUGGAACUGGAUAUUACUCUAUGAGCCCUUGUGAUGACGGAUAUGCUUCCACAUUGUUAAGAGCAUCUUUAGCCUCCAUGAAGUUACAGGAUGUGCCAUUGUUGCCCUCUUUGGAUUAUGAGAAGUUGAAGAAAGAUUUGAUUACAGGGAGUGAUCGUCUCAAGGCCCUCUUGCUGCAGGCUCUGCGCUGGCGCUUGACAACAUCAUAUCCUGGAGAACAGAGAGACACUAUCAUGCAAGCCUACAUCAGUAAUGACCUCCUAGAUUGCCACAGCAACUGUCAGAGAAGUGUCCUCCAAUUAUUAUAUUCUAAGAGUGAGGUAGUCAGACAGUAUAUGGCAAGGCUCAUCAAUGCUUUUGCUUCACUGACAGAAGGUCGUGCCUACCUUUCUCAGAACCCAACAUUGCUGCAAAUGCUGGAGGACAGACUGAAAACUGAAGACAAGGAUUCCCUUACAUGGGAGAAUGUUCUGGGUGCUCUGCAGAAAUUCAGCCUCAGGCGUACACUGCAGUCGGCAAUGAUCAAAGAUGGGCUCAUUUUCUGGCUGGUUGAUGUUCUAAUAGACCCAGAUUGCCUGUCUGAUUACAACCUGGAGUACUGUGCUGCCUUGCUCAUGAACCUUUGUCUGCGGAGUGCAGGGAAGAAAAUAUGUGCAAGUAUCCCAAAUCACAUGCUCAGAGUUCUUUCUAGUCUUCUUGACCAUGAGAAUCCUAAGGUCCAGUCAUAUGUGAAUGGAGCACUGUACAGUAUUCUGGCCAUCCCUUCUGUCCGAGAAGAAGCCAAAGAAAUGGGAAUGGAAGAAAUUCUGCGCUGCUUUAUCAAGGAAAGAAAUGAAGAGAUGGUUCGACAGAUUGAAUUUGUUAUCAAGCAACUCAAUUCAGAAGAGCCAUUCAACGAUAAUAUUGUGUCUGAUGAUGACGAUGACAAAGAGGAAUAUGAGGAAGAGGACAGUAACAUCCUGGAGCCUGAUCUGGACAAAGAUGAAGUUUUGCUGCCUCAGCUGGGGGAGCUUGCAGGAGAGAAGCUGCUAACAACCGAGUACUUGGGAAUAAUGACUCACACUCCAAAAACUAAGAAGAAGCAAUUUCCUGGUGUCCAUCAGAGUACGGGUGUGCCUCUCCAGAGACCUGUGACACCAGGUUAUCACAGAGCUGCAUGUCUAAUGCCAGAGAACAGUACCAGUUCUUGUCACAAUAGGCAUGAGAAGCUGCAGUCUCCACCGAGUGGUCCUUCUUCCAUUUGUGGUGGGAGCCAGUCCAGCAUUUCUGACUUCUGCAUUUCCCCCUCAUUUGAAAUGAAGUCAUCUGAAGUAUUUGCAUCAGGCCAUAGAAUGGACCAACACAUCCCAGCUGGUGAUACCUUGUCUUCUCGAUCUGCUGACUUCACUGAGGACAAAGUAAAUGGUCAAUCACACAGGGAGUUUGCUUUAGCCUUCACCAGCAAACCCAAGAUCCCUCGCACUCCUGACAGGCAGAGCACCAGCCCUAGAAAGGGAAAGGUCCCAGCCAUUGCCCCCCAGUUCUCCCAGUCUGGACCCCAACAAGCAAGCCAUCCAAGAUCAUCAGCAUCAUCCACAAGGAGUAGACAGGGCAGCCAGUCCUACAGGAAGUGAGAACAGUUCCUUUCCUCGAGAAUCACCUAUCACAUUGUCGAAGGACAGAGCCAGCUUCCUGUAAUGAGCUUUACUGGUGACCUACAGAGGAGAGUGAGGUUGUUGACACUGCAGGCCUUGCACAGGGAUUCAGGAUUAUCUGAUGGGAUGUGUCUGUGGUCUCUAGAGCUGGCUAAGACAAGGGCCUUGUUAUUAGAAUUCGAGGUCUCAGCAGCAGCCCAGGACUGACAUGGGAGAUGGAUAUUCUCUGAUAGUUUAAAGUGACAUUGAGAAGACACUCUUGAGAAGAAACUCUUGCCUUCUGUGUCACAGGAAAUGGCCUUUGGAAACAGAAUGUAGGCUCAGCCCAGGAGUCUUACCAAGCAACUGUAUUCUUUACUUACUGCUUGCUGAAGCAGCCUGCCAAUUGCUUUUUGUAAAACUUCGCCUGUCUGACUGGAUUGGGAGGUAUCUGUGUUCAAAGGGUCUGUGUGAAGAGGGGCAGUGUCUGCCACAUGUGCAGCGCCUUCCUGCCCAGAGCAGUCCUGUGUGGGGCAAGAUCUCCAUGGCCUCCAGACCCUGAAGAGGAAAAUACCUAUUUUAACAACUUGUGGUUGACCUGUAGUAGUUGAAAAAUACUGUUACAGUGCCCAAUGCAGCAUCCAUGCUCACCUCUGAGGUCUUUCUUGGCAGCAGUUGCUCCUAUUCCUUGUUUUUGCUUUUUUUUUUCAUAAUUCUACUGUUUAACAUUUGUGGAAUGAAAAAUCUAUUUUUUCCCCUGGAAUGAAGAGCUUUGCUUCUUCAUUCAUAGAAGAAACCACGAGAAUGUGAACAGAUCAGAAGCAACUUUCUCUUUACAUGUAACUGCUCCAUCUUCUUUAGUCUUUGUUACUUUUUUUAUGUUCUUCACUUCAGAGCAAUGACUGUUUAUGUCUUUGUGGAAUUUGUGUUGGUCUUUGGUGCAUAUGAAGUGCUGGCUAGGCAAGAGAGAUCAGGAAUCCUUCCACUAAAUAAAAAUGCAGCAUUUCAUUCUGCCAGUGAAUUACAAA